AUGCUACAGUCCCUUCCAAUACCUGUAGCUGAGUCACCAAUUCCUCAAGAAAUAAUCUUAGAAUCCCUGGCCUACAACCGCCUGAACAGGUUGUCAGAGAAAACAAGAGAGGAAGGAGUGCAUCACUCGGGCAGCCACAGAGGAAAUUUCCAUCAUUGUUCAGUACCUCAGCAGCAGCCUGAAAAACACUCUCGGGAAGGGCACGCACCUCCACCUGCCUCAGCUCAUGCACAGUUUGACAGCUCUUUCCGGGGAAACGAAAAACCGAGGCUUGGCAAGAGGAAACACGGCGACACAGAAGGAAGCAAAAGCGAGGUGGAAAAGAAAUGCCGCCAGAUAGAUGAUAAAUAUCAAGAGAAGGAUUCCAAACUUCAGGAUUUGGAUGGCUUUGUGUUUCGCAUUGACAAUGACAAUGGCGAACGGAAGGCGAAAAAGAAGAAACACAUCAGGAAACUGAAAGACUUCUCGGAAUAUUUAGGUUGUCGUCUUGAGAAGACGACACAGGAGAAGAAGACAGUACCCAUUUUUUCAGGCAACUCUUUACGUGAGCAAUAUAGAAACCAGGGCAGUGAAGAACCCUACAAGGACAGGAAGCCUUCUGGGGGAUGUGACAACAAGAACUACGGCUUCAUCCCAUCCAGUGAGUACAUGAAAGUAGUCCAAGUGCAAGAAAAACCUGGCUGUUUACCAUCAAGAAUGGCUCUACCAUCAAAACGGACUGCUUACCAUGGAACCUGGCUUUGCCAUCAAAACUGACUCUUCACCAUCAAAUGUGACUUUUUACCUCCAAACGUGACUGUUUGCUUCAAACCUGACUGUUUACCACUGAAUCUGGCUUUACCAUCAAAAGAUGAGUCUUUACCUUCAAAAUCAGCAACUCUCUACCUUCAAACCGGACUUUACCGAUGUUGACCAUCAAAACUUUGGAUUUAUUGUUGAAACGUUUAGCAUCAAGACAAAACCCAUGUUUGAAUUCCAUUUUCUUAAUAUACUGACUCUUGUGUGAAGUGUCAGUUGUCUGGUUUUGUCUCUCGAA